CCAGCCCGAAUCCCGGGUUGUGCAAGAUGGAUGGUGCUCCCCCUGCACGGCUCGCCCUCCGACUGCUGCUCCUCCUGGCGUUGCCUGCCUUCGGGUGGCUGACGACGAAUGCCCGGGAGCCUCCGCCGGAGCUGUCCGGAGCCCCACGGGAUGGCAUCAAAAUUAAUGUAACUACCCUGAAAGAUGAUGGGGAGGUAUCUAAAGAACAGGUUGUUCUUAACAUAACCUAUGAGAGUGGACAGGUAUAUGUAAAUGACUUACCUGUAAAUAGUGGUGUAACCCGAAUAAGCUGUCAGACUUUGAUAGUGAAGAAUGAAAAUCUGGAAAAUUUGGAGGAAAAGGAAUAUUUUGGAAUUGUCAGUGUAAGGAUUUUAGUUCAUGAGUGGCCUAUGACAUCGGGUUCCAGUUUGCAACUAAUUGUCAUUCAAGAAGAGGUAGUAGAGAUUGAUGGAAAACAAGCUCAACAGAAGGAAGUUACCGAAAUUGAUAUUUUAGUUAAGAACCAGGGAGUACUCAGACAUUCAAACUACACCCUUCCUUUGGAAGAAAGCAUGUUAUACUCUAUUUCCCGAGACAGUGACAAUUUAUUUACCCUUCCCAACCUCUCCAAAAAAGUGGAAAGUGUUAGUUCACUGCAGACCACCAGCCAGUAUCUUCUCAGGAAUGUGGAAACCACUAUAGAUGAAAAUGCUUUACCUGGAAAAUUACCUGAAACUCCUCUCAGAGCAGAGCCUCCAUCCUCAUAUAAGGUAAUGUGUCAGUGGAUGGAAAAGUUCAGAAAAGAUCUGUGUAAGUUCUGGAGCAGUGUUUUCCCAGUGUUCUUUAUGUUUUUGAACGUCAUGGUGGUUGGAAUUCUAGGAGCAGCUGGGGUCAUAACCAUCUUAAAGGUGCUUUUCCCAGUUUCUAAAUACAAAGCGAUUCUUCAGAUGGAUAAAGUGAAUGUUUUACCUGUGGCAACCAUCAAUUUAUAUCCAGAUGGCUCUGAGAAAACAACAGAACACCUUGAAGAUAAAACAUGUAUUUAAAAUACCAUCUCAAAUCAUGGACUCUGAAUUACUAUAUUGUUUCCAAAUUUGCCACUUCAAUAUAAUUGUUUUUAAAAAUCGUUAAGAAUCAGUUUAUGCAUAGCAAAAUUGCCAAACUCCUAAGACUGCCUUAAAAUUGACCUUUAUAAAGUUCACAUUAUUUAUAAAAGGGCUUGCUGUUCAAAUGAAUUAAAGAAAAUUUAAGCAAAGUGUAUGAGAAGACAUGUGAAGAGACUUUGAAAUUACCAAAAAGAAAAAAAAAAAGGUGAAUCAAUGCCAUGUGCCAAUUAAAUUCAAGGUGCCUUUAAUAAGGAAAUUAUAUCCACUUAAUUAAUAUAUGACUUUAUGAAAAGCACUUUAUGAAAUUCUAAUUUAAAAGCUCAAGAACUUAACACUUAUUUUUGUAUUCAAUACAAUGUGUCUUUAUAUUGUUUGUGACUCAGUAUAAAAAUCACUGAAGUACAUCAUGAUUUGAUUAUAUCCUGUAUCAAGACUACUUGCCUUGAAUACACCAGGAUUUAAAAGUAGUAGUGACAUGUUCUCACUCUAAAAUAAACUGUUUUUGAAGAAAAAAAAAAGUGUAGCUCUUGGUUAUAAUUACAUUAAAACUUUGCCCAGCUCAAAACUUUAUGAAGGCAUAGGUCUGAUUUUUUUCCCCCCACUUACUUAAACUAGUUAAAAACAAGGCUCAGAUCAGUUAAUGAAUCUAUUAAUAUCAUGAAAUUAAAGUGUGCCCUUGUCUUGUGGUUGUAAA